AUGGACUCGCCAGCACGGUUACGUGAAGCUCAGCCCCGCCGAGAAGACCCACUGCCGAAUGACGGGGCGAUCCACCAAGGUGGUUCGCGCUUCGGCACCACGCAGGUGACGGGUGGAUGGGCCUUGCAAGGCAAUUUUGUCGGCUUGACUAUUAACUCGACAGCUCCGGCUCGGCCCGACUACGCCGGCCUGUUCUCCCACUCCUCGCUUGGGCCCGUUAAGGCAUUCGUGCCACGACCGCUCCUCCACACCCAGAUCAGGGAGCAGCUCCGUGGCGAUAAUGGUAAUGACAAUAAUGCGAAGAAGGUCCUGGUGGUGUGGGGACUAGGUGGUGCAGGGAAGACACAGCUGGUGCUUAACUACGUGCAACAAUGUCGGAAUGACUAUCACGCCACGUUCUGGAUCGAAGCCGGCCAGAAGGAGUCCCUGGAACGCGACUUUAUACUUCUCUACAAGACGUUGUUCCGUGUGCAGAUAGGUAGUGAGACGAGGACGGUCAGCGUUGAAGAUGCGGUACUGGGAGUGAAGAGCUGGUUUUCUAGCCGGCCAGGCUCGUGGCUGAUGGUAUUUGACGGCGCCGAUGUGAUUGAAAAGCGGGACAGUGCCGGUUAUAUUGACAUUAAGCACUUUAUCCCGGAUGCGCCGUCCCUUCACGUGAUCAUUACCAGUCGAAGCAGUACGGCGAAGGAUAUGACACCCCUAGCAGGGGUGGCCGUCGGAGAGAUGGAAGUGGCACAGGCGGCAGAGCUGUUCUAUCGAUCCUCCCAAGUGCAACGUGACGAUGAAGAGGUGGACAGUGAGGUCGAGAGCAUUGUGCGAGAGCUAGGAUACCUAGCGCUAGCCGUGAUACUGGCAGCGACGUAUGUGAGCCGGACUCCGCGGUUGCAGUCCGACAUCAAGGCAUACCUUCCAGAAUACAAACAAAGAUGA